CACGGGGCCUGGUCGCCACUUCCGGCGGUGCGGGAAGUCCGGAAGUGGUGAUGGCUCGUCCGUUUGGCCGGUUGCUGCGGGCGCGGGUGCGCAGCGCGCGUGUCGGUGUCGGGGCCGCGCCCGCGGUCACAUUCACGGCGGCGGAGCUCGCGGCCCGGCUACGGCGGGAAAUGGAGCCUCAGGAAGGGAAAAGCGAGCCGCCCAGUGUCGGGCAGCAGCUGAGGAGACUGACCCGUCCCCUACAGCGGGUCCACCCCAAUGUGCUGGCCAAGGUGUUGAGGGAGCGUAUGCUCUUCCAGAGCCCAGACCUGGUGGUGGUGGAUAAACCGUAUGGGAUCCCGAUGGAAGAGUGCCCCAGUGGGGGCCCCAGUAUCCGGGCAGCGUUGCCGGCACUGGCCCAGAUGCUGUACGGGAUGGGGACAGGGUCCCUGCACCUCUGUCACUGGCUGGGCAAGGACACGAGCGGAGCACUGCUGCUCGCCCCCCACGCAGCCUCAGCCCGGGACAUCCAGCUGCAGCUCCGCACCCAGCAGCUGCUGCCCACCUUCUGGGUGGUGACAGUGGGGGUCCCGGUGCCGUCGCAAGGAGUGAUCGACAUCCCUCUGGUGGAGCGAGAGGCCAGCAGGCCCAGGAAGCAUUUCAAGAUGCUCUGCUCCCGGUUUCGGGUGGGAGAGGCGGAGGGGCAGCUGGUGAGCGUGGGUGGCGAUCGCUCUGCGUUGCCGGCUCUGACACGUUACAGGGUGCUGGCGACCGCUGGGGCCCGCUGCCCUGUUGGAGGUGACUUUUUACACACUCACAUGCAAUUCCGAUAA